UAAGAAGAUUUCACAGGCGUGCACGGAAAAGUUGCGGCUGAUUCAGAAAAGGCAGAGUUUAGUCGACAUUGCUGUGAUAAACACUGUUUGACGUCCUAUCAGACAUAAACAACAAAAUAUCAGAUUUCUGUGUGUAAAUGUAUACGAGGGACGUUUUAAGUCAUAGUAUCAUAACGUCUAAGAAAACGUCAUAAGUUCCAUAAUAGCCUGCUUCGUUAGAACCCUACGUUAGCCUACUCGAAUGCAUCCGCACUAGGGAAGUGGAAGAUGCGGAGACCGUGAGUUACUCCGUGCGAAAUGCAAAGUUCCAAUUAGACGAUGAAAACAAAGCUUGAAAGUGAUUAUAUUUGUCUUUGUGUUGAGUUAAAUCGGGAGUGAGAGGACGGGCUUCCCUGGCCAUAUACUAAGCUCUGGACGAGAUAAUCUCUUUUUGGUUGCUAACAUGAAUCUUGGACUGCCGACACACCAGGUACCCCUGAGACUGACAGUGAAAGAAGAGGACAUAAAAGAAGAGGAAUAUGGACAAAUGAUUACAUGGGAAGACGAAGAAGAAAGGCCCAUUGCAGAUCUUCACUGUAAAACGGAAUCAGACUUCACAGAGUCACUAAGCUCCACGUAUAAUGAAAUACUACAGACAACAGUGGAGGUUAAAGUGAAGAAAGAAGAGGAUGAGCAAGAACACAACGAUUGUCUUCUGGAAAGUUCAUCAGAACAUCCAGAUGGAACACAAUAUAAGAUCCAUGGACAGAAUGAUGAACUCAACCAGCAACUCAAUGGAAGGCCGUACCACUGCACAGUCUGCAGGAAAAGCUUCACGGUCCUGAGAGAACUUGAGGAACACCAGCAAACACACACUCUUCCUCAUAAAUGUGCCCAGUGUGGAAAAGCAUUUUCACGCGUUUCAGGUCUUAACGUCCACAUGCGAAUACACACUGGAGUGAAGCCUCCUAAAUGUGCCCAGUGUGGAAAAGCAUUUUCACGCUUUUCAUAUCUUAAAACACAUAUGCUAAUACACACUGGAGUGAAGCCCCAUAAAUGUACCCAGUGUGGAAAAGCAUUUUCACAAGUUUCAAACCUUAAAAUACAUAUGCUAAUACACACUAGGGAGAAGUCUUAUGAAUGUGCCCAUUGUGGAAAAGCAUUUUCGCACGUUUCAAAUCUUAAAACACAUAUGCUAACACACACUGGAGAGAAGCCUCAUAAGUGUGCCCAGUGUGGAAAAGCAUUUACAUGUUCCUCAAAUCUUCAAAGGCAUAGAGUAAUACACACUGGGCAGAAGCUUCAUGUAUGUGCCCAGUGUGGAAAAGCGUUUUCGCACGUUUCAGUUCUUAAAAUACAUAUGCUAAUACACACUAGGGAGAAGCCUUAUAAAUGUGCCCAGUGUGGAAAAGCAUUUUCACAAGUUUCAAAUCUUAAAACACAUAUGCUUAUACACACUGGGGAAAAGCCUUAUACAUGUGCCCAGUGUGGAAAAGCCUUCACAACCUACUCACAACUUAACAUCCACAUGCGACAACACACUGGGGAGAAGCUUCAUUAAUGUGCCCAGGGUGGAAAAUCCUUUACAUCCUCCUCACAACUUAACGUCCACAUGCGAACACACACUGGGGAGAAGCCAUAUGCAUGUGUAGAGUGUGGAAAAGCAUACACUAGGUCAUCAAGUCUGAAAUGCCAUCAGCGUCUGCACAGUGAAGAAAAGGCCACAUAAAUGCAAUACAGAUCAAGCCUUAUUGUGCAUUAAUUGAAAUGUACAAGAAAGCACUCAUAUAUUUUCUCAUGCACACACACACACACACACACACA